AUGCCAUCAGAUAACAGUUAUGAAAAAUUAUCGCAAGAUGAAUUCACCGCAAAAUCGCCAGGAUUCAGCACACUCAAUGAUAUUGUGCCGGUCACACUCAAAUGGGAGAAUAUAUCAGUGACAACGAAAAAAACGAAUCGCGAACUCCUUCGCGAUGUCAGUGGAAUUGCGAAGCCCGGCGAGUUGAUGGCACUGAUGGGAGCUAGUGGGGCCGGCAAAACGACACUUCUGAAUAUGCUCAUGGCUCGAAAUAUGAACGGACUGAAGAAAGAGGGAUCGGUGACAGUUAAUGGAAUUGAUCUGGGCCAUGGAAUUUCGCUGAUCUCGGGAUUCGCGCAACAAGAAGAACUUUUCAUCGGAACCCUAACUGUCAAAGAAUACCUAAUGGUGCAAGCGCGCCUUCGAAUCGACGGAUCGUCAUCGCUGCGCGAAUCGCGAGUGACCGAUGUGCUACACCAACUCAAUUUGUGGAAAUGUCGUGAUUCGCUGAUCGGCGUCAUCGGCGAGAAGAAAGGAAUUUCGGGAGGUGAAGCUCGACGACUCACAUUCGCCUGUGAAAUGCUCUCGAAUCCUUCGCUCCUUUUUGCUGACGAGCCAACGACGGGCCUCGAUUCAUUCAUGGCGGAGAAUGUGAUUCAGAUUCUUCGAGGCAUUGCCAAAAGUGGACGGACCAUCAUUUGCACAAUCCAUCAACCAUCGUCGCAACUCUACCAAAUGUUUCAUAAAGUGAUGUAUCUGGCCAACGGGAAAACGGCGUUUCAAGGGACACCACAACAAUCAAUUGAGUUUUUCGAAAAAUGUGGUCAUCGGGUACCAGACGAAUUCAAUCCGGCCGAGUGGAUCAUCUACAAAUUAGCGGUUCAGCCAGGCGACGAAACCGCCUCGAACGCGAGAAUCACGGAGAUAACCCGACAAUAUUUGACAAGCGAGUACAAUGCCGCUGUCGAGUCAGAUAUCGACGAAGAAACUCAGUAUCCAUGUCCUCCGAAAAUGCACAAAGCCAACAUUUGCACACAAAUCACUUCGUUACUAAUAAGGUGCGGCAUCGAUGUGUGGCGCGCUCCUCAACUCACAAUUGCGAAAGUUGUUCAAAAAGUUCUUUUCGGUUUAUUCAUUGGUCUAUUAUAUUUUAGGAUGAAUUAUGAUUUAAAAGGAAUUCACAAUAUCAACGGCGCAUUGUUUUUCACGACAGGCGAAUUAAUAUUUUCGACAACUUAUGCGAUAAUGAUGUUUCUGAACAACGAAUUCGCGCUUAUAGCAAGAGAAUAUCACGAUGGACUCUACGACCUCUGGUGCUAUUAUGUGGCGCGUAGUCUCUCGCUGAUUCCAUUAUUCUCCACCGACGGUUUGAUAAUGUUGUACAUCGUGUAUUGGAUGAUCGGCCUCAAUACUUCGCUAGCUCAAGUCGCUCUUGCCACCGUAAUCACAUUAUUGUGCACGCAAGCGGCAUCUGCGAUGGGCAUCGCCAUGUCCUGCCUAUUUCCGACCGCUCAGCUAACAACUGUAAUGGCAAGUCCACUUCUAGUCUUGUUUCGGCUAUUCGGUGGCUUCUACGGAAACAUGGACACAUUUCCGUACGCGAUUCGCUGGCUACAGUACACCAGUAUGUACAGGUUUGCAUUUGAGGCGUUUGUAGUCAAUCAAUGGUCCGAAAUUGAUGAAUUUCACAAAGACGCCAAACAAAAUUGGACGAGAGAGUCUCGCGACGACAUUUUAAAAUUUUUCGCAUUUUCCAACGAUGCGAUUCCGCUCGAUUUUAUUGGUCUCGCAGGGAUCAUUUUAACUUUCUAUCUCAUCGGCUAUACUGCUCUCUACGUUCGUAUGCAAAUGGCUCGAUAA